AUGGCAGAUUUCGAACUGGAGAUUGGUGAACCUGUCCAUGACGUGGCUGAGCUCAUUGCAUGGAUAGAUGCGUGUGAUCUCAUCAAUGAUGAUGAAGAGGAAUCAACAAAUGCUCCGAACGAUCAUUUACAGCACUCAUCAAGUGUUCAAAAUUAUGAUUUUCUCUUGAUUGGCUCGAAAGCAUUGAAGAGUCAUUGGCAAGAAUUAAAUAAUUCAACAAUGAUGGUGAUGAAGGAAUCUUUGGCCAAACAUUCUGGAUUUGGAAAGAAAAUUAUCAAGAAUCAUGUUGAUCACCGUUUUGAGAAGGACUCGGAUUGGGAUUUAGUUUGUCUGAAUAAGAAAGCACUGAUGGAAUUCUUGAAGAAUGAAGAGAUUGAGGAGAUUUGUGUUAAUUAUAUUGUACAAUUGGAGGAUUUUGAAGUGAGUGAGAAUGAUUAUUGUGAAUGGAUGAACAUUGGUGGUCAACCAACGAGAUGGAAAGAGUUUUCGCUUCGUUUAGAAAUGAAGAAUGGAUUAAUUAUUGAGAUUGAAUACUGCACUCAUCAAUAUCACCUGUUAAAGUAUUUGAAUUCAAAGAAGAUUAAUAAUGUGAAAGUUCCAUUCAUGAAUGAGUUCAAUUGUGCUCUUGCUCCUCUCGAAUUGUUGGAAAUUAUCAAAAGAUCUCAUUUAUUCUUUAAUAUUCUUAACGAUUCCUGGUUGAAGCACUUUCUUGAUAUAGAAAUGAUUCAUUUGAUUCAAAAAGUAUCGGAAACUCACGAUGUCUUAUACUUGGGCACAGCUUUUGAAGAUAACGAGCUCAUUUGGUUAGUUUAUUACGACAGGCUUACAAAACGAAUUGUAAAAAUGGCUCAAGAUGAACAGGAUUCGUAUGAUAAUUAUAUUGACAUAUACUGUUUCAAUAUAAGGGAGGAAGAGAUCCGUCAUGUUGCUCGUGAUGGUUAUUCAGAAAGUUUAUUUUCUGUUUUUGGAGUGAAUGAAAUUCAAUUAAAUCCAUCAUUUUUGGGAGACAGCUCCCAAUCUAUUGAGUACAUGUCUCAAGCUAUAGCUGGAAACAUUCUCAAAACAAGUAUAUUCCGUGUGGUCAACUCUGAAGAAUUGGAAAAGUUGAUCCUCAAAUCAAUGCAAAAAGCACUUGAUUAUAAUUACAAGACCUAUCUGUUUAUGAUUAUUAUUGAAGUGUAUUGGAAGAUUUCUGAGAGAAUAUUUGACAUGCUCCAUCAACCCGAAAGACUUGAAGCAUUAUUUAACACUAAGACUGAAAUGUUAGAAUUUAAAUUCAAGAAUUAUCCAAUUGAUUUGGAGAAGGAUGAUGUGAAGGAUAUUUCACAUCUGAAUGGUCUCUAUAUUUGCAGUCAUUACUUGCCAAUUCAUUUAAUUAUGAAUAUCAUAUCAUAUUCCCAUUCAGCUAGUGAUAUUAUCCAUCUUACUCAAUUGGACAAGAGUUGGAAUCAAAUUUUUGAAAUUCAGGAUGUCUGGAAGUAUUUGUAUUUCAGCAGAUAUCCUACUCCAUCCCAAUACUAUUCUGUGAAAUCUACUUUCCAAGCAAAGAGUUGGAAAUUGCAAGUCCUAGCCAGAUCCAAAUUGAAUAGAAUUCCACUACUGUCCAGUCAAGGAUGUAAGGGACUUGCCGAAGUAUUCAAGAGCAAGUUUAUUGGAAAAUCAGAAGCUUUCAAACAAUUCAUUUCUGAUUUUUAUGCAAACACUUACAUUGUGAGCAAGAAGGAAGUUAAUAAUUCUUCUGAUGAAUCCAAAACCUUAAAAGCAACUUUAAUGAUUUUCUGGCCAAGACAAGCUCCACUCCAGGUUGACUUGGAAGUUUAUCUUGAUUAUGCUGAGUACAGAUCUGGAGAUAGUAAAGGAGGUUUCGGUAGCAGAGAGAAGGUCACAGUUAGAUACUUGGGAGGAAAGAGCUCAUAUUAUUCAAAUCAACCUUUAAUUCUCAGGUCAAUCACCAACCCUGAAGACUUUAUUGGAAGGUACUAUCUUUCAAUAUUGAGUCAACAACAAUAUGCUUCUCUAUUUUCAACUUUGGCAGUUUUAGGAUUUGGAAAGAAUUGGACAAGUGAAGUGUUGGGUUAUUCGUGGUAGAUUAAUUUUCAAAAUAUUAUUUAAUUAAAUUCAUCAUUCAAUUC